AUGUGCGACCUUCUCCUUGCCACCAACUGGUCCAAGUUUGCCAGUCUACCCGACUUGGAGGCAUCGGCUUCGUCCCUCUCUACACUGGACAGCAGCUCAACCAGCAGUACAAGUCAAUACUCAAGCUACAACAGCAGCCUUAGCUCAAACUAUUCCAUCAAGCAAAGUAGGAAUCCCUACGAAAACUCGGGUUUCUUCAAGAAAAAGCAAGCCAAGGCAGUCAAGAAGAUCCAACCGGUCGUCCGAGGUUUUCUCGUACGCCUCAACAUCCAAAAGGCCCCAAUCCUUGCAGAACUGGCGGAUGUUCAGAGACGAAAGCAAGAGGAGCUGGAACGAAUUGAGAUGCAAAAACUGGCCGAGAUGGAAGCAUUCCGCCAAGAAAUGGAGCGGGAGUAUGCCGAACUCGAGGUCAAAGCCGAGGAAGCAAAGAGGUUGACCACUGAGUUGAAGGAAGAAAAGAACAAGUACGAGCAAGAACAAGCUACACUCAAGAAAGAAUGCAAAAUCAAAAAGAAAGCCAACAAGGAACUCAAGAAAGAUAGCAAGGUUGACACUGCUCAAGUUCGUGACUUGGCUCUGAUUCAGCAUCGUGUUGCCAACUUGGAACGCCAAAAGGCAUCUCGAGAGGAGACAGUGAACAAGUACAAGCAGGUCGUUGCGAGCCACGAAGAACGGCUUGACGAAGUCGAAGAGGCUUGCAAGGUUGAAAGAGACCACACUCUGCGGCUAAAGGUGUGCAUUUCCGGUAUCUUUGACCUGGUGGAACCCAAAAGCGACAGCUUGACCAAAAAGUUGUUGAAGAUCACAGGCAACAACCAAGUGUUGAUGUGA